AUGCUAAAUAUGCAAAUCUUAAGACAGACCCAGAUUCUUAGGAGGUUUGAUAGGAUUUCUGUAACUGUCGCAGACACUUUAAGGCGGCUCCGACGCAGUUAGUUUCAAGCCAUUUCAAGGGUUCAGCUGCUUCAAAUCUGACACUCCAUUUUUCAAUAUUUUUGAAUGACAUUCAUACAGUAUGUUGAGAAGAUAAUUGCCCAGGGUGCUAUAGGAGCACUUUUUGAAAUUUUGUUUAUGCACAAGUUUUAUGAUGGGUUGAAGUGCGCACUUUUUCUGUUCAACUUCGCGAUUUUUUUUAAAAGAUCCUAGUGAAAAAAAUGAAAAAGUGGCUCUGUAGUACCCUGUGAGGUUUUGUUUUCAGCACUCUGUAAAAAUUUGAUCCAAAAAUAUCAAAAAAUAAAGCGUCAAUUUCGAAGCGCGCAAACCUCUACAAAUCGUAUUUUGGACGAAUUUUUUCUACUGUUUCGUGCUGCCAAACCAAGCGUUGCGGCGCAAUCUACGGACUAAGAAAGGACGUAUUCAGAUAAUUUGGUGGCCCUAUUUUAUAUAAUAUCGCGUAGAUAAGUCGUUCUGCAAAUAGGUACUCAUAAUCGCGAUCGCCGAUACUCCUCGAUUUUAAAGCCGUUUUACUUCCCACGUCAUUGGCGAGGAAGUAUUGUAAUCGCGAAAAAUUUCUAAAAUGAGAUGUUAUGUUUUUUUAAGUCAUAUGACAUCUACAUCACGAAAAACUAUAUCACUCAUCAUCAACAUGGAAAUUACCGCUCGGGUUUUCAUUAAAUUUCCAGAGUAUGCCAAAGCUUUGUAGUUUUAGUCCAGUGGCAACGGUGCUAUAGGCAAAAAAGAAGUAAAAAUUGCUGAAACUCCGUUUUAGACGUUUUAGGGGUUCCUAAUCAUUGACAUAAAAAAUUGUACUGCUUAAAAAGGGGGGGUUGAAAUCAGUGAAACACGUUCUAUUACUAAGAAGCUUUUGAUCCCAGUGAUUACAGGAAAUUUAAGUAUCGAAAAUCCGACGAAUAAUGUGCUCACGAUUUCAAAAAAUCGGUACCUGCUCUAUAGGUUUGACACCAACAGCCAACAGAUCUGCAACUACCGCCCGCAGGGAAGAAUAAAUUCGGAUAUCACUCCAAUCAAGUAUAGGGAAUUUAGCGUGGAACUUCAAAAUUAUCGAUAUGUCAAGGAAAUAUGUUUUUGAGAACGAUCAUUUGGUAUAUUUUAUACCUGCAUUUUCAUUUGAAUUUCAAAACCCGUGAAAUGUACCCAUUUCGCCGUUACCUUUUGUGUUCUGCAGUUUGUGAUGUUUUUCUGGAUAUAAGCAGGCCAUAAUUGAUUAGGGUGCUAUCAGAGCUUUUUACAAAAUUUUGUCUUUGCGCAAGAAUUAUGGUGGGUUGAAAUGUUCACUAUUUGUGCUCAACUUCUUGAUAUUUUAAAAAGAUCCUAGUGGAUCAAAUCGAAACAGUGGAUCGCUCGCACCAUGUGGUCUUUGUUUGUGAAGUGCAAAUCGGUUUUUGGGCGAAAUUCAUCUACUGUUUCGUCCUUCCAGUCCAAGCGACGCGACGGUGCGUUCCGACUAAGAAAAAAUGUAUUCAAAUAAUUUUAUAUCUUUCCUAAAAUAAAUUCAAGAAUUCAAAUUCUAAUUCGUUUAUUCAUGUCAAUAAGCACAAUUAUGUUUACAAGGGUCGUGUGGUAGAUGGUAACAAUUGAACGAGAGUCAUAAAAAUAUCUUAUGCCGUCAAAAUAAGAGGAAACAGUUAGAUAGUUUUUGCAAAGCAAUAAACAGGUAGGCUUUACCUGGAUUAAGUACAUGCAUUGUCUACUGUAAUAGGUAGAUGGAGGUGAUGCUUCCAGAAAUGGAUGUGUGCGAUCAAUAAACAAACCACAAGAUUAAACUGCCGUGUCCAAUGAUUUUUGUAUUUGCUUUUUUUAUUGCCUUACUAGAAAACUCUGUUGGAUAUAUGAUGGAGUUUACUAGAACUUUACAGCUUUUUGUUUGCCUUCUUCUACAAACUUCACCAAAUCGAGACGCUGUCAACCUUAUCCUCCGAUGAAGACGCCACAAAGCACAGUCCUGUGAUUUGGUGACUUGUUCGAUAUGCAAAAUCUCGUCGUCACUUUUUCUAAGUUUCCCUAAAAAUUCUUGCUUAGCAACCUCCAAAUCAAUGUCGUUGUCAGGUUUUUGACAGAAUUCGCCAUAAAACUAUUAUAUAUUUUCUUUGGAAUUGCUAUCCAAAUUGUUUGUUAUUUUUAUAUCAAUUUAUUUUGGUCUGAGUUUCUUUCCAAGAUUCUUGCGUUUGAGUCUUUGUUCCAUCUUAGUGAUACGCGAGGUUGGACUAAGCUUAGAACGCAAAUGUAUUUCGACCAUAUAGACAGGCCGCUCGAUAUUGUGGCUCACUACAGCUGGUAUGACCUCUUCUUGCAAUAAUUUAUUCACUUACCCCAAUGUAUUUUGCGAGUAUAGAGUUGAACUGCUCCACACUAUUGUUGUCCUUAUCAUGAAUUAAACUCACUGAAUUGGUAAUUAAAAUUGUCGCAUAUGACCUUUUACUGUCCAUUAUCAACCUUGAUAAAAAAUUCACUCAAGAACAAUCACACCAACAAGAGAAACGCUAAUCGAAAUGCGACUCUGUUAUUAUAAAAAUUUACCUUGGUAUGCACCCUCAGUCAUCCUUUCCUCUUUUAAAGUAGCGCCGA